UGGCGGCGGGGGAGGGGGAGGGAGCGGUUGCCGCCGCCGCUGUGCGCUCGCGGCCCGGGCGGAGCUGCGCAGUCUUCUCGCUGCUGCGCCAGGACAGCCGGCGCAGCCGUGCCCACAAGUUGCCGGCAGCUGAGCCCAGUGCCGCCUCCUCCUGCUCCAAGCCCCCUUCGCCCACCCCGCGGCCGUGGCCGGCUCCGGGACGCACAUCCCUGGGACACCGACCCCAGAUGUAAAGCGGACCCGCAGCCCCUCGCCCCCAAGCGCAUCAACUGAGUCUCGCCGGCGUCUCCUCUGCCAAACCCCACGGCUGGAAGAUGUGGCAGCCGGCCACAGAGCGCCUGCAGCACUUUCAGACCAUGCUGAAGUCUAAACUGAAUGUCCUAACACUGAAAAAGGAGCCUCUCCCAGCUGUCAUCUUCCAUGAGCCCGAGGCCAUCGAGCUGUGCACCACCACGCCCCUGAUGAAGAACAGGACUCACAGCGGCUGCAAGGUUACCUAUCUGGGUAAAGUCCCUACCACAGGCAUGCAGUUUUUUUCAGGCUGCACAGAAAAGCCAGUCAUUGAGCUCUGGAAGAAGCACACACUAGCCCGAGAAGAUAUCUUUCCAGCCAAUGUCCUUCUGGAAAUCCGACCAUUCCAAGUGUGUCUUCAUCAUCUUGACCACAAAGGGGAGGCUACGGUCCACAUGGAUACCUUCCAAGUGGCUCGCAUCGCUUACUGCACUGCCGACCACAACGUGAGCCCCAACAUCUUCGCCUGGGUCUACAGGGAGAUCAACGAUGACCUGUCCUACCAGAUGGACUGUCAUGCUGUUGAGUGUGAGAGCAAGCUGGAGGCCAAGAAGCUGGCCCACGCCAUGAUGGAGGCUUUUAAGAAGACUUUCCACAGUAUGAAGAGUGAUGGCCGGAUCCACAGGAACAGCUCCUCUGAGGAGGUCUCCCAGGGAUUAGAAUCUGAUGACGGCUGAAGGGAUUUAGAGGGCUUCAGAAAAGGCAGCCUUGGUCCAGGAAUUCCAGACCAUAUGAAUAUGCAACGAUUCCAAUUUCAGAUGAAAGACUGCCAAACUAUUGGCCGACCAAGCUUUUUAAAUUCAGAAGAGCAACUCUAAAUCUAAAGAAAUGUAUUAUUAAAGUAAUUACGUUACAUUGAAA